GAGUUGUAGUCCCAUAGGAGUAGGACUUCCUGCUUUUACCAGGAAAAGCACCUACAGACAACAUAGGAGACUGUUGUGUUGACUCCACUGCUGCUGCCUCGCUAGAAAACAGACCUUCCAAACUCAGGGGAGGAACAACUUCAAUGUAGGAUGUCCGCCGUGGCCCAUGUGCAAGUCCACCCAGUGACAGCAGUGGCAUGGACCUCCAACUCCACCACCUGCCCCAAAGACUUCACCUUGAUCAGCAUCACUGAAGAUGGAGCAAAUGCAAACUUCACACGCAGCUUUGCGAUGAAAUCGGGAUAUUACCUCUGUUACAGUAAGGCCAUCUCAGGGGGUAUGGUUGUGGCAGACAUUCAGCUCAUCACGGACAAGGACGCCAUUCCUCAUGGCUAUUGCUUCAUAGCAGAGCACCUAGAACCAAAGGCCACCGUUUCAAAGAAGAAACGCGUCUGUGUACGUGUUGUCCCAGUGGGUAGUGUGGACACAGCCGUGUUGGACAUCAAACUGACGGCCAAAAGCAAAAUGAUGUUACAGCACUACACAUAUGUUGGAGACAUCCAUGGCUACGUGCUGUGGUGUAAGAAGGGUCAUUUUGCCGGCCCCACACCCAAAGCAAAGCCCCGCAGAGUCAGUUUGGAUAUGCGCGCCUUGUCGCUGGAGCGUCCAUCUUCUCCUCAGCCCCUAAGACCAAGCAACCAUCUUCAAGAGUCACACGGUAGGCUCAGCCAUAGGCGGCACUCUCUUCGUGUCAAGGACACUGUGGACAAACCGGCUGACAGCAGCAUCCAGGGCAUCACGGCUCUAGAGGGAGUUCCCUUCAGCCUUCACCCAAAGUUUGAUAUCCAGCCAAAAAGUACGCUGAACUCACAGCUCAACAACAUUCGCAUAAAGUCCCUCCAGGACAUAGAAAAUGAGUAUAGCUACACAUUUGCUGUGGAGGAGUUUGCUGCCAAGAGGACCAGACCUACACUGUCCACACCCUCAGCAGCUCAGUGAUGUUUGUACCUUGCGCAACAUCCAACCUUGCCUGGCACAAGGACCAUCACAUCUGUGUGCAGCUUUGGAACAUGCAGCUCUUGAGGAAAAGAGGUUAUUUAAAACUUGUGUGUUAAACUUCUAUUUAAAAGGUUUGUUAACCAUACCAUCUUGAUACAUUCCACUCACUUGGCUCUUCCAGUUGAAGCAAUAUGUGGGAAUAAGAGAGUGAAUGAUUCAAUUAAUAUCUGUUGUUAAGGACAAAUUAUCACGUCUGCGCUUAUAUGCUUCGUUUACAAUGAAAAAUCAUGUCAUGUAGUAUAUGGAGACCAUUAGAUUAAUCAAAAAAGUCAACUCACAGCGAUAAUCAUCUGCCUUACAGGCCACUUUAAGCUGCGCAUGUAUCUCUGAAUGUACUUCUCAGUGACUAGAGGAAGGACUUUCUGGGUCUGUGCUAAAAUUCUAUUAUGUAUCAUAAAUAAAGAUUAUUUUUUAAUUAAUACUUUCUUCUGGCAUGGGGUCAGAAUAUGUAUGUAUAAAUGGUCAUGUUAUGCCCUCCAAAGCAGAUAUACUGCAUAAGAAAAUAAAACAAUAAAGACACUA